AUGUCGGGUCCUCUUGUGACAAGACCCUGUUUUGAAGGUUUCUCCAACAAUGAUGAGAGAAGAGAACGGAAAUCUGAUUUCCAAGUUUUUUCAGAGGAUGAGAAGAAAACUCGAAUUGGGAUUUUCAAGAAGAAAGCUUCGAGCAAAUUCAGACGCUCGUUGAGUAGGAGAAGGCCUAGCAGGAGUGGAAGCAGUGGUCGGACACUCUCUCUUACCUUCGAAGACUUAGAUGAUGCUGAUGAAUUGAGAUACGUGUCUGAAUUCAGACAAUCACUCAUCUCUGAUCAUUUGCUUCCUUUAAGGCUUGAUGAUUAUCACAUCAUGUUGAGAUUCUUGAAAGCUCGGAAAUUCGAUCUUGGAAAAGCAAAGUUAAUGUGGGCUAACAUGAUUCAGUGGAGAAGGGAUUUUGGUACAGACACAAUUUUGGAGGACUUUGAGUUUCCAGAAUUGGAUCAAGUUCUCAGGUACUACCCUCAGGGAUAUCAUGGUGUUGAUAAAGAAGGAAGGCCUGUUUACAUUGAAAGAUUGGGAAGAGUCGACCCAAGCAAACUCAUGCAAGUCACUACAUUGGAAAGAUAUUUGAGAUAUCAUGUUAAAGAAUUUGAGAAAACUGUUACUGUUAAGUUCCCAGCUUGCUGCAUCGCUGCUAAGAGACAUAUUGACUCCAGUACAACAAUUCUCGACGUCCAAGGCGUGGGCUUAAAGAAUUUUACAAAAUCUGCGCGGGAUCUUAUAAUCCAGCUACAAAAGAUUGAUAAUGAUAACUAUCCUGAGACACUUCACCGUAUGGUCAUCAUCAAUGCCGGCCCUGGUUUUAAAAUGCUUUGGGGCACGGUGAAAUCAUUUCUUGAUCCAAAGACUGUCUCGAAGAUAGAUGUCCUUGGCAACAAGUACCAGAACAAAUUACUUGAGAUGAUUGAUGCAAGCCAGCUGCCAGAUUUUCUAGGCGGUAUUUGCACUUGUGCAGACCAGGGAGGUUGUAUGAGAUCUGAUAAAGGUCCGUGGAAAGACCUUGAGAUACUAAAGAUGGGUCGCAGUGGUGGGAAGUUCUGUAGGCAUGUCUUAAGCAGUGAUUCCCAAAUAUCUUCAUCUGAUAAGCCUAAUUAUUCUGGGAUGAAAGUUAGUGACACAUCAACAGCAGAGUCAGGGUCUGAAGUGGAAGAGAUGGCUUCGCCGAUAACAAAUAUGAAUAGUCAUGUACCCAAGUUGACUCCUGUUUCGGAAAAUGCCAAUGGUAAAAUAAGUCCUACUGUUUUAUCUGAGUAUGAAGAGUGUGUACCAAUGGUGGAUAAAGUUGUGGAUGUUGCUUGGCAGCCCCAAGAGAUGUCAAAUGCUUCGGAAGGUGCGCAAUAUACAUCAAGUUUUGGAAAAAUAGGAACGGUUAGUCAUAUAUGGAAGUGGUUAACUGUGUUCUUCAUAAACCUUUUCGCGUCUCUGGCUCUGCCACAGACUGAAAAAUGCUCACGGAUGAAUUCGUCAAGCGCUAGAGCUGAGCUGCGUGAUGAACUAUUCGCAAGGGAAUCUCGUCCUCCUUCACCUUCUCGUCCAACCAUCACUAUUAUUUCCUCUGUUGUAAGCAGACUAGGGGAUCUUGAGAAACAGAUAGAAACUCUUCACUUGAGGAAAUCCGAGAUGCCUCGCGAGAAAGAGGAAUUGCUGAACGCUGCUGUUUAUCGCGUGGAUGCACUAGAAGCAGAGCUCAUCACUACUAAAAAGGCAUUACACGAGGCUUUAAUGAGGCAAGAAGAACUUUUGGGUUACAUAGACCGGAAAGAGGAAGCCAAGUACCGGAGAAAGAAGUUCUGCUGGUAA